AUGUCAGAAAAAGAUUUGGGUAUAAAAGAUCAAAUUAAAGUGGAUGUCAAUGAAUCAGAUGGAUCAUCAUCUGUUGCACUUGAAGAUAUCAAUAUCCCAUUCAAACAGAAAUGGAAGUUGUUUUGGUCUGCUAAGAAUCCAAAGAAUUUAUCUGAAAAACAACCAUUCUUUUUAUGGUCUCCUCCUGGUCGUUCAAGCUAUGAAAAGAAGCUUGUUUUCAAAUUGGAUUGUAUCAUUUUAUCAUAUGUCUGUUUAAGUUUCUUUGUUCGUUGGUUAGAUGCUUCAAACGUUAAUAAUGCUUAUGUUUCAGGGAUGCAAGAAGAUUUGAAAAUGCAUGGUAAUAUGUAUAAUUGGUUAACUAGAGGAUUCUAUCUAGCUUAUGCUGUUUCUGGAUUGCCAAUGACUCUAUUAGUGACAAAAGUGAGACCAUCAAUUUUAUUACCUACAUUGGAGAUUCUUUGGGGUAUAGUCUGUCUACUUGUGAUCACCUGCAAAACCUAUAAACAAAUUUUAGCAGUUAGAGUUAUUCAAGGGUUUCUUGAAGGUGUGGACUUAACCAAAAGAAGCUCAUUAUAUGCGGCUUCUGGAUCAUUAGGUGCUAUGUUUGGUGGUUAUAUUCAAUCUGGGGUCUAUAGAAGCUUAAAUAACAAAGGUGGUUUACCAGGCUGGAAAUGGAUUUUCGUUGUUGAUUUCAUAAUUACUAUACCUAUAGCCAUUCUAGGUUUUUUUAUUAUUCCAGAUACACCUGACAGACCUCGUGUUAUUAAAGGUAUAUUAUCUGCAGAAGACAUUGAGUUUUGUAAAGAGAGAGUAAAAGUUGUCAGUGUAACAUCUGGUAAAAAAGCUUUAGGAUUUGGUGUUGUUAAAAAAUUAUUAACUUCAUGGCAAUUUUGGUUAUUUUCAUGGUAUUAUUUGAUUGCCAACUUACCAAAUGAUGCUGGAUCAUACUGGGGUAUUGUAUUGAAAGAACAAGGUUAUAAUGUUUAUCAAAGAAAUAAUAUUCCAACUACACAAUCAGCUAUGAAUGUUUUUGCAUUAUUUCUAGGUGGUAUUUACUGUGAUUUCAGAGGUGUAAAAUGGGAUGGUGCUGCCAUAUGUCAUGGAUUUUGGCUUGUGGGUAUUGCAAUCUUAGUAAAAUAUGAUGUUCCUCAAGCUGUUCAGUUUUUAGGAUUCAUUCUUGUGGGGUUCACAGGUAUUUGUACCAACAUAUGUUGUACUUGGGCUCAAGAGAUGACAAGAGAAGAUCCACAAUUAAGGGCUGGAACAUUAGGUAUGAUGAAUUUGGCUCUAAUUCCUGUGAGUACAGUAUUCUCAUUAUUUGCAUUCAAUACUAAGUAUGCUCCAAGGUUUGAAAAGGGAACUAGAAUUUGCUUAGUUUUCUUAAUCAUCAGUUUUUUCACUGGAUUUGUCGCUUUAGCGUUUGAUCGAUACCAAAGACGUAAAAGGGACCUUAUUGAGGAGAAAAUCAAUGGUGAGACGCCUGAAGAUACCGAAGUCUUCUGA